AUGGAUGGAGUUAGCAGAUUUGAUAUCAUGCAAGGAGAAAUAGGUAGCUGCUGGCUGCUGGCUGCUCUGGGCUCCCUGACACUGCAGAAGCAAUUUUUGGAAAAUGUUUUACCAAAGGACCAAGGAUUCCAGGACGAUUAUGCCGGGAUUUUUCAUUUCCGGUUCUGGCAAUAUGGAGACUGGGUGGACGUAGUGAUAGAUGACCAGCUGCCAUUCCUAAAUGGAAGAUACCUGUCUGUACACCCUCGAACAUCAAAUGAAUUCUGGCCAUCCUUGCUGGAAAAAGCAUAUGCCAAGUUACGGGGCUCCUACCAGAACUUGCAUGGAGGCUACCUUUCCGAUGCUUUAGUAGACCUCACAGGUGGAGUCCAAGUGCAGUUUUCAUUGAAGGAUCCCCCUCCUGAUCUAGAGGAGAUCCUGAAAGCAGCUGACAAAUCACAGUGUCUGAUGGGGUGCAGCACCUCAGGCCAGAUGAGGAACGUAGAGCUGAGGAAUGGGAUUGUACAGGGUCAUGCCUACACUGUCACAGGAGCUGUGAAGAUACGCUACAAGAAUGGCUGGAAACAUAUCAUCAGGAUCUGGAAUCCGUGGGGCCAUGGGGAGUGGAAGGGGCCCUGGAGUGAUAACUCUCCUCAGUGGGACCAUGUUGAGCCUAAAUUCAGAGAAACCCUCCUCAGAAAUAAGGAUGAUGGAGAAUUCUG